UUCACAUAUUUUCCUUUUAAAAUAAAAAUGGCGUUUAGUUCAGUAAUUUCAAGAGCAUCUUUACUUUAUUUAACAUUUAGACCAACCGUAGCAAAAGCAGCUAGCAAAUUCGCCAAAGUGACCAGUUCAACAACUAAAAGAAAUCUUGUUCUUUUGCAACACAUCGCCAAAUCUUCCUGCAGGAAUCGUCUGCUGUCGACGUCGGUCUCGGGUUGUCAAACCGUGAACGUGACUCCGUAUUCGAGCAGACGACAGCACACAGUGUCGCACAAGUCGCACGUAGCGCUGCUGUUUUCUAGACCCUUUUCGUCCGACGGCUAUGACAAUGACCGAGAAAGCAGUGGAGCCUCCAGGACACCUCUACAGUUGAUGGAUUUCCCCAGGAUCUGGUGGCCCAACCCAAUCAAAUGGUUCAAAAACAAACUGUUCACAGUAUUGAUUACUGGUUACUUUGAUGAGAGUUUCAACAUGGACUCCUUUCUAGAUGGUUCACUUGGGGCUGUAGCACACGUCUCAACCUGUAUUUCUAAUGGAGAUUUUUCUGCAUUGAAAGGACUCGUAACUAGUGAGGCUAUAGAAGAAGUACAGAAAAGCUAUGAACAUUUGGAUGUCAAACAGCGCAGAUUCCUCUCCGUCAACCCCAAAGACAUUUUCUACAUGUUUAUCUACGAGAUUGGCAUGAUAUUCGACUCCAGUACAAAUCAAAGGUUUGUGGAAAUCACUGUUGCUCUACAAGGUUUCCAUGACUACCACGAGGUUAUACAGACACCGGUGGCCAAAUACCUGGAGAUUUUCCGCGAGAAUGUCGAACAGAUGUAUAUUUGUAAUUACAGAUUUAGCCGAGAGUACACUAAAGGAGUAGAGAGCGAAUGGACGAUAAGCAAACUGAAUCACUUCACACCGUGGGAAGACUACAGGACCUAGACGAUGUGUAGCAGAUCGCCAACUGAAACAUUUAAAAACUUAACGGCCGAAUUUACGACGCCAGUUUUUUUCUUUUCUUGAACACAGGUGUUUAAGCAUUGCAAAUGUAUGUGGUUACAUGCGUGUAAUAGAAAAAAACAGGCUUCGUAAAUUCAUUCCAUUCCGAGACAUUUACUAAAACACUUGAAAAACAGAUACGAAGUAUUGAAGUGCAUCUACAUAACAUUCUACAAAUCGGAGAAAAAAAUUAUUUUGGAAUUCCAUAUUUUAGCGCUACCCCUAACCUGUUCCUAUGCAUGGCGUCUGCAGGAUGGUGAGGGGGUGUUGAAGGGGUCACUUACAUAUAGUAUUAACAAUGUGGGUAGCUAAAGAUUUUUUGCGCACUACCCUGUAUUAUUUGUUUUUAAUGUGGACCAUAUUGCGAUCUUUUCAAAUGGAAGUCAUCAGAUGACAGUUUCUUUCGUAGUCGUACAAGACUAGAGCUUGGAUGUCAGAGCCAUAUUUAGCCUAAAAACGUUUGGGGUGUGGAUGUUGCCGGAAUACUGUCAAAAAAGGAUAUCACAGAGAUGAACAUUCCUAAAAUAUAUUCGAUAAAAGAAAAGCGAAUAUUUUAAUAUAAUACAUAAAUUAUUAGUGAUCUUAACAUUUAGUGAAUUCCAAAUAAGUGACAUAUUAGCUACAUAAAACUUUAUCAAGAUCGUCAUAUCAGAAACUUAAAAAAGAAUAAGGUUAAGUUGUAGGAUCAGUUGUCGAAUUUUAAUGUUAUGCAGCUUACAGACAUGUUGAAUUUAGUAGCAAAUUGCAGUAAUGUGCAUGCUAACUAACUAGUGUUUUUUGCUAUCCUUUUGGUCUACAGGGUAAUCAAUAGUAUGUAACCAUUGUUCUGCCUUCUGUUAAUCACAGACAAAAGCUUUCUGGAACAGUCUGUUGGAUGUCUCUUUAAAUUUAGUAUCUUGAAAUAAAUAUCAGCAUCGUGGAUGACCUCAUUAAAUUUGCUAACAUUUCCUCA